UCACGCGUACAAACGUAAGAAUAUUCAUAUAGGUGGCGUAAACAAAGUUGUUGGAUGAGGAUGAGGAGUGGUUAGCUGGGGCAGCUUGGGUCCCUUCGUCUUCUUCCUAAAUUCCACAUAUUCUCGAACAGACUUCCCAAGUAUCUCCUAUCACCAUACAACUUCUCCCGUUUAUUCUCUCUCUUCGCCGACUUUACAUUAGAAUUAAGAAUCACACUUCGAAAAGGAUAUCUCGAAUUAAAUGGAGUCGAAAGAAGCUGAGGCGACGCUACAAAGCCAAGCCACAAUAUGGCAAUACAUGUUCAGCUUUGCAGAUUCCAUGGCACUCAAGUUUGCUGUGGAGCUCCGCAUAGCUGAUAUAAUACACUCCCACGAUGUGCCACUCACUUUGGCACAAAUAGCUUCAUGUCUUGAUGGGGGUCCUUCUCCGGAUAUCACGUGCCUCGCUCGCAUCAUGAAAUUGCUCGUCCGGAGAAAGCUUUUCACUGUCCAUCAUCCUUCCGACGGUGGAGAGCCCCUCUAUGGCCUGACUCACUCAUCAAGAUGGCUUCUACAUGACUCGGAGCUAAGCCUGGCACCCAUGAUACUUAUGCAGGACCAUCCCUGGCUAAUGGCUCCCUGGCACUACUUUAGCCAAUGUGUUAGAGAAGGUGGCACUGCUUUCAAGAUGGCUCAUGGAUGUGAGAUAUUUGAGUUUGCAUCAGGAAAUCCUAAAUUCAACGAUCUUUUAAACGAUGCCAUGUCCUGUACAUCCAAAGUGGUGACAAGGGAAAUUCUAUCAGGGCAUAAAGAAGGUUUCAGCUCCAUAGGAUCAUUAAUUGAUGUUGGAGGUGGGACAGGAGGCUUGAUAUCUGGGAUUGUGAAAGCUUAUCCGCACAUCAAAGGGACUAACUUCGAUUUGCCACAUGUGGUCGAGAAAGCACCGACAUACCCUGGUGUCCGCCACAUUGGAGGUGACAUGUUUGAGUCCAUCCCUAAAGCUGAUGCAGUUAUCAUGAAGUGGAUAUUGCAUGACUGGAGUGACGAAGAUUGCAUCAAAAUUUUAAGAAACUGCAGAAACGCAAUUCCAGCGGAAACAGGGAAAGUCAUUUUAGUGGAAUGCGUUGUGCAACCAGAUGGUAGUGCCCUGUUUGACGACGUGAGGCUGAUAUUCGAUCUCCUAAUGCUUGCACAUUCCUCUGGUGGAAAAGAGAGGACAGAGCUUGAAUGGAAGAAAAUAUUGAAGGAAGGAGGCUUCCCUCGUUACAAAAUCAUCAACAUUCCUGCUUUGCCCUCCAUUAUCGAGGCCUACCCAAUUGGGGAAAAUAAUUAAGAUAGCUAUAUAUAUACAUGUAUAUAUAUAUAUUAUGUUGAUGUCAUAACAGAGUACGCAUGAGUAUUCCUCGACGAAUUGUAUUCCUUUGAGAUAUUUGGACGCGAUACGGACCGAAAUGGGGAACUUACAAAGGAUCUUCAGUAUUGUGCAAUAGGUACCCAUCUUGAAUAGUGACUUCCUCUGUCACCGCUUUAUCUUUGUUCAAAUUGUUUCAGGAAUGUUGUAUAAUGUACGUUGCUUUUUAAUCU